CUUCCAACUCCGCCACCCCUCCCCCCUCGCAGUCUCCUCCCUCCGCUCCGGUGACUGGGAGCCCGGCGACGGGGCCCGGAGUCGUCGCAGCCACCUCAUUGCACAACCCGGCUUCCCAACUGUUUACACAGCCCGGCCUGUGAGUGUGUGUGUGUGUGUGAGUGUGUAUACAGCGUGAGUCACCGGGAGGCGGAGGAGGUGGAGGAAAAGGAGAAGGAGUGCACUGGCCGGGAUCAGUGCGGCGCACACACUCAUACCCAGUCACUCUCUCUGAGCGCCGCUCGCCCGGAGCCCAGGAGCGCGCAGGAGCCCGAGCGGCGCGGAAAAAGUUGGGCCGGCUUUUUUUUUUUUUUUUUUUUUUAUACUCCGGACUAAUUGCUUUGGGAAGUGGCGUUUGCUCUGCGAAGCCGCCGAGCCUGCGGAAUCCGACCCUCGAGACUCCAGCACCCGGGAACUCGGGCCGCCUCCACGUCCCGGACUGAAGCCACAGCUUCGGCAACAAUAGCGGCCCCCGCCGUCGGCGAGGUGCCCGGACCUGGUGGCUGCGGGAGUCUGGGGACCCCAGCCGGUCACCCCGCCUCGGACGCGUGGCCAGCGUGGUCCUCGUGGGGGACGGCAGCGUACGGGGACGGCUCUCGUUUGGCUCCUCUCGGGGACCGAUCCAAGCUCCAUCCGCAAACUCCUCCAUCCCGAGGGCUGGAAGAAGUCUCGGCGCCGAUCCGGGGAUUUACAAAGCCGGGGCCGCUCCGGCCAGGGCCGCGAUGCGGGUCGGUCCCGUGCGCUUUGCACUCAGCGGCGCCUCGCAGCCCCGGGGUCCGGCUCUCCUGUUCCCGGCUGCCCGGGGGGGUACCCCGGCCAAACGGCUGCUGGACGCGGACGACGCGGCGGCCGUGGCGGCUAAGUGUCCGCGCCUCUCUGAGUGCACGAGCCCCCCAGACUACCUCAGUCCCCCGGGCUCGCCCUGCAGCCCGCAGCCUCCACCCUCCGCUCCGGGGACCGGCGGCAGCUGUGCGAGCGCACCGGGGCCCAGCCGCAUCGCCGACUACCUGCUGCUGCCCCUGGCUGAGCGCGAGCAUGUGUCCCGGGCGCUGUGCAUCCACACCGGCCGCGAGCUGCGCUGCAAGGUGUUUCCCGUUAAACACUACCAGGACAAAAUCAGGCCUUACAUCCAGCUGCCGUCGCACAGAAACAUUACUGGCAUCGUGGAGGUGAUCCUCGGGGAGACCAAGGCCUACGUCUUCUUCGAGAAGGACUUUGGGGACAUGCACUCCUACGUGAGGAGCAGGAAAAGGCUUCGGGAAGAUGAGGCCGCCCGGCUUUUCAGGCAGAUCGUUUCCGCCGUUGCCCACUGUCACCAGUCGGCCAUCGUGCUGGGGGACCUGAAGCUUAGGAAGUUCGUCUUCUCCACGGAGGAGAGAACCCAGCUUAGGUUGGAAAGCCUGGAAGACACACACAUCAUCAAGGGUGAAGAUGACACAUUGUCAGACAAGCAUGGCUGCCCGGCCUAUGUCAGCCCUGAGAUACUCAACACUACUGGGACCUACUCAGGGAAGGCAGCGGAUGUUUGGAGCCUCGGCGUGAUGCUCUAUACACUUUUGGUUGGACGAUACCCCUUUCAUGACUCAGACCCGAGUGCCCUUUUCUCCAAAAUCCGCCGGGGACAGUUCUGCAUUCCUGAGCAUGUUUCCCCCAAAGCCAGGUGCCUCAUCCGCAGCCUCCUUAGAAGAGAACCUUCCGAGAGACUCACAGCUCCUGAGAUCUUGCUCCACCCCUGGUUUGAGUAUGUCUUGGAACCAGGGUACGUUGACUCAGAAAUGGGAACUUCGGACCAGAUUGUUCCCGAAUACCAAGAGGAAAAUGACAUUAGUACCUUCUUGUGCUGAUCCCAAAAACAACCUCAGGAACCUCGUAAUUCUCACACAUGGUAUUUCCAUUUCUGACGGCGGGCGGGCCCUCUUACGCGGUGCCAGCCAGAUUUGGGGACCGAGCACCAUCGUCCCUAUGGGGCUCAACGUGGUGCCACCUCUGUGGGCUGAGUGACUUGAUUUGAGCAGCACACACUCAAAUUAGCUCCUCGGCAGGGGUGUCCCCUUCUGGAUGAACCUUCGCGGCUGUCCCAGCGUCAGAUACAAGGUCGCAGCGUGUUUGGAAGCUAGUGGAAGCGUGUGGCCAUCCCACAUGGCCGGGUGUAAUGAACUUGAACAUUUGAACGGGAACGGAAGCACGUCGCACAGUGGCAUUUAGAGCAAGGUGGCAAAUCGACUUUGAAGGCUGCGGUUUCUCCGAACAGAAGUUUCCUUUUCUUUAACCCUCAUCCUUGCUUUACACUCACCCGUGACUGCUCCGGUGUUGGGACAGAUUGAGAAACUGUGCCUGAACCCAGACUGUCCCCCAGAACUUUCCAAGACCUCCUAUGCAAUAAUGCCGCGCCCCUCCUCCACCCUGGAGCCUAUCCUCUGCAGCUCUGAGAGCACCCGCCGGCCCAUUGUGGAAAAAUCUGGAAGAUGCAAACUCCUGGUUGAAAACCUCUGAGCUGGGUCAGACAGCGAUGUUUUUCUUUGUUUUGUUUUGUUUUUUUUUUUAAUUAAUUUGAUCACUUGGUAUCUGUUAGCUCUUGAAGCGCUCAUCAAAUACAGCAUUUAGCCUUCACCCCUCCCCAAGACCGGGUGCUCUCUCAGGAGCAUAUGUGAACUGUCUUUGGGCUUCAAAGAAAGACAGUCGUGGAAAAGUCUCAGAUAUGCAGAAUGAAACUGGACUCUGCCCUCCCCAUGGGACGCUGUUGCCUCUGGUAUCCAGGGUCUUCAGCUCCUCCUCAAAGGCUCUUUGGAUCUCACGUGUUGGGUGGCUCUGGAGGACAGGGUGAACUCAGAGACGUGGCUGGAAAGGACCUUAAACGUCCAUCCGAUGCAUAGUCUGCCUUCUGGCUGCCUACCGCGAAUCCCCUGCUUCAGCCUCCGCCUGAGUGCUUCUGGGGAUGGAAACACGUACUCCCUGACAGAGAAGCUUCUCGGAGAAGCUGUCAGAAGUCGCAUUAAAUUAAAAAAAAAAAGAUGAAAUAACAGUCACUGUCUGGUGGUUUAAACGGGUAACAAAAACAGAACUGUGUUUGACAAAUGGCACAGAAGCAGGCAGACGUCUUCAAGGGCUAUGCCUAGGCAGACUACUAACAUUGUGAGAAUGCCUCGUAUACCUCACGUACUGUGUAUUUUAUGUUUGUACAUACAUUUUACCUUUUAUACAUAUGUCCGGUUGUUGCCGUUUGGCUCUGAGGCUUGUUUCGUCGUCUGUGUUUGUCUGAGGAACCUGUGUGUCCAGGGCCGUGUGAAAUGUGAAUGAUUGUUGGCCGUACGACCUUGGCAGGAGGGUGGGACUCUGGGAGGAGCAGGGACAGGCCACUGCCGGGGUUGCCCAGCGCUUGUGUCUGUGAUACACUCCCCGGCUGAGGACUCGGGGGCUGUGAUAUGCUCCCCGGCUGAGGACUCGGGGGCUGGCCUGGGCAUUCGCCUGGACAGCUGGGAACACUAGGUCUCCUGUGCGUGAGUGGAAAGGUAAUAGCGACACACUGUUGGUGACUCUCAGAGAACUUUGAAUAAAUCUGGUUUCGUAAA